AUGCCUAAUUUCAGAGCAAAACUUGGCAAUAGACAAACACAAGUUCCGAGCACCACUUCAAACUUGACUGGCACUAUUCAUCCAAUUGGAAACAAUGUCGUUAAACAGUUAGAAAUGAAAACAAUCACAAAAGCAGAGGAAAGGACGAAACUUAAAGAGAUUAUCGGUGGUCGAUCACAUCUGCUUGGUGCACGGAAUAUGACAUCUUUAACUAAUCCGAAAAAAAUAGGCGGAAAAGUUCAGUCGGUGGUCAGGGAUGGUUCAAUGCUGGAGUUCAUAAAGAAGCAGCCAACCGCUCUAAAACGAUAUCCCUAUGUUCCUAAGUUGGGAACUGGUCUUCGUGGUGAUAAAAGUGUAAAUUUGGUAGCGAAAGCUCCUGACGGAUCAAGUACCUCAUCACAGGACCCAGCUAGAAUACGUGCGAUCGCUAUUCUUAAACGUAGACAGGAAGCAACUGGCAGUGCUUCCAAACCAUUGAAGAGAAAAAGCGAAAAUAAGGCAGAUCAAGAAAGUCCUAAGCGAUCUAAGUUGUCUUCAAUUGGUAAUCUACCAAAUCUUGAUAUCCUUUUGAGGAAGAAGAGCAUACACGACUCUGAAUCAAACAAGGCUCAAGGAAUAGCUAUGCAAAAACAUCUAGAUUCGUUGGAGCAGACAGAGAAGGUGGAAACAUUUGCUAGCGAAUGCAUGGCGGUAAAGAAUGUGAGGAUUGUGAGCUGCAAAAAGUGUGGAUACACGGCUCAGAAGCGAAGUGAACUUUGCAUGCGCGAAGGCCACUAUAUCACAAAGGGCACAGCGGAGAAGCGAUUUUUUAAAUGCAGUUCGUGUCAAAGGCGUACAGUUGCUUAUGGAAUAAUGCCAACAAAAGCGUGUAAGACUGUUGGACGUCUUGUUUGA